UUGGCCUUCAUUGUCCAGGUGAAUGUCCAUUCUGAGGAAUGGGAAUUAAUGACCUUUACUGCUAGCUCAGAUGACAGAGUCAAGAAGAUCAACGAACACGUCCGGUCUAAGACCAAGGUUCCCGUGCAGAACCAGGUCCUUCAGCUGGGCUCGAAGAUCCUAAAGCCCCCGAGAAAGCUAUCCUCUUACGGCAUUGACAAGGAGACAACCAUCCACCUCACCCUGAAGGUGGUGAAGCCCAGUGAUGAGGAGCUGCCCUUGGUUCUGCUAGAGUCAGGAGAUGAGGGGCACAGGCAU